GCGGAGCGGCCAAACAAAGAUGGCGGCGUCUGAGGCGGCCGAGGCGGGCCUGGGGACGGAGGGCUGAGCAGCCGCGGCCGAGCCAGAGCGCCAUGUCGGGGCCAGACGAGCGCGAGCCCGGCGGGGGGGCGGCGGCCGGCGUCGUGGCCGCGGGCGCCGGGGGUCCUCUGGCGCUGGGGGAGGCGGCGGGGCCUGGCCCGGGGGGCGCGGAGGAGCCGGGGCCGCCGCUCGGGGCUGGGGGGGCGGGCGCGGGGGGAGGAGGCGGCGGUGGCGGCGGCGGCCUGGUCCGGCAGGGCCAGCCCGAGCCCGGCGGCGACCGCGACUCCGACGCGCCGCCGAAGAAGCGACUGAAGCUGCCGGGCGGAGCCGAGGGAGGAGGCGGCGGCGGCGGCGGCGUCAAGCUGGAGGAGCGCCUCUACUCGGUCCUCUGCUGCACGGUGUGCCUCGACCUGCCCAAGGCCUCCGUCUACCAGUGUACAAACGGUCACUUAAUGUGUGCUGGGUGCUUCAUCCACCUGCUGGCAGAUGCCCGCUUGAAAGAGGAGCAAGCCACUUGCCCAAAUUGUCGCUGCGAAAUCAGCAAGAGCCUCUGCUGCCGAAAUCUUGCCGUAGAGAAAGCAGUGAGCGAGCUGCCAUCGGAGUGUGGCUUCUGCAUGCGCCAGUUUCCUCGCUCUCUUUUGGAGAGGCAUCAGAAAGAAGAAUGCCAGGACAGAGUUACUCGGUGCAAGUACAAGCGGAUUGGGUGCCCCUGGCAAGGCCCUUUCCACGAGCUGACCGUACACGAGGCAGAGUGCACACACCCAACAAAGACGGGGAAUGAGCUGAUGGAGAUUCUGGAUGAAAUGGACCAAACGCAUAAAAAGGAGAUGCAGCUGUACAACAGCAUAUUUGGCCUGCUCAGCUUCGAGAAGAUUGGCUAUACAGAGGUUCAGUUCCGUCCUUACCGAACAGAUGACUUCAUCACCCGCCUCUACUAUGAGACUCCGCGGUUCACGGUGCUGAACCAGACCUGGGUAUUGAAGGCUCGAGUUAACGACUCGGAACGAAACCCUAACUUGUCGUGCAAGCGGACUCUCUCCUUCCAGCUCAUUCUCAAGAGCAAGAUCAACUCCCCCAUGGAGUGCUCGUUCCUGCUGCUCAAAGGACCUUACGAUGACGUGAAAAUCAACCCUGUGAUCUAUCACUUUGUCUUUACCAACGAGAACAACGAAACAGACUACGUGCCGCUCCCCAUCAUAGACUCUGUGGAAUGUAACAAAUUGCUGGCAGCCAAGAACAUCAACCUGCGUCUCUUUAUAUUCCAGAUACAGAAGUAAACGUAAGCAAAGCUUGGCUUUUCCAGGAGUGACCGAGAGAGAAUGAGAGGGCGAGAGAGAACGCGUGCACCACUGAACCAGAGUAACCUCGAACGGCUGCCUCGACCCCUUUAUGAUCCCACAAUUAUUUGAUUAUUUUAAAGAGAACAUUUUGCAUGUGUGGUAUACAACAGCUGUGAGCGGCCGCUACCUUCCUCGUGUCUCUCUCUCUCCAUCUCUGCCAGGAAUAGGCGACUGGGGAACCGGCUCGGUGAAGGGUACGGACGAGGCUUGAGAGCGCCAAGCUGGCAACCACCAAUCAAUACAUUGUGAAAAGGCUG